GGCCGACACAUCAAAAGCCGUCGGAUAUCCUCUGAUGCAUCUCAUCUGACCCAGUAACAUCGGCACUCCGGGCCCCUGCGACAGACGUCUUCCGGGUCGACUCGGCGAAGUUGGCCUGUCGCUGCUGCACCAGAGACCGGACCGUCUGCAAAGGAGGAGUGCUGCCUGUCCUGUUGAGCUCCUCCUGGUGUGUGAGCGUCCGGUGUGUGUGUGUGUGUGCACCAUGGCGAGCCUCCUUCGUGUUGUGGCGACCAACUGCUCGGCCCCUGUGUUCAGCGGGGUGUCCUGCGUGAAGCUGCAGAGCGGCCGUACGAUCAAAUCAUCAUGCCUGCGCUUUUUCAGGACCCAUCAAGCUCUUGGACGAUGUGCCACUCCAGGUAUUCCAUACAAACAACUCACGGUCGGCGUUCCCAAAGAAAUUUUCCAGAGCGAACGUCGUGUGGCGCUGUCUCCCGCUGGCGUCCAGGCACUCAUCAAACAGGGCUUCAAUGUGGUCGUGGAGUCCGGAGCCGGGGAGCCUUCCAAGUUCGCCGAUGAACACUACACCCAGGCUGGAGCAACAAUCAAAGACGUCAAAGAUGUCCUGGCAUCUGAUGUGCUGGUCAAGGUCCGUGCUCCCGUUUUCAACCCCGCUUUGGGCAUCCAUGAGGCGGAGAUGAUGAAGGAAGCGGCCACGUUGAUCAGCUUCAUCUACCCGGCUCAGAACCCAGAGUUGAUGGACCUGCUGUCCCAGAAGAAAGCCACUGUCAUGGCUAUGGACCAGGUUCCGCGAGUCACCAUCGCCCAGGGCUAUGAUGCCCUGAGCUCCAUGGCAAACAUUGCCGGGUACAAGUCCGUUGUGCUGGCAGCGAACAGCUUUGGUCGCUUUUUCACUGGACAAAUUACAGCAGCCGGGAAAGUGCCACCUGCGAAGGUGCUGAUCAUCGGAGGUGGUGUGGCUGGAUUGGCGGCUGCUGGCACUGCCAGGGCCAUGGGAGCCAUUGUCAGAGGAUUUGAUACCAGAGCUGCAGCUUUGGAGCAGUUUAAGUCUCUGGGCGCUGAACCGCUGGAGGUGGACUUCAAGGAGUCAGGAGAAGGUCAGGGAGGCUACGCCAAGGAAAUGUCCAAGGAGUUCAUAGAGGCUGAGAUGAAGCUGUUUGCCAAACAGUGUCUGGAGGUGGACAUUGUCAUCACCACAGCUCUUAUCCCUGGUAGGCGGGCGCCCAUCCUGAUCACCAAACCAAUGGUGGAGAGCAUGAAAGAUGGCUCAGUGGUGGUGGACUUGGCUGCUGAGGCUGGAGGAAACAUUGAGACCACAGUACCUGGAGAACUGUCCGUAUACAGGGGAGUGACGCAUAUCGGCUUCACAGACCUGCCGAGCCGUUUGCCAACACAGUCCAGCACUCUGUACUCCAACAACAUCACCAAGCUGAUGCGGGCGGUCAGCCCCGGCACUGAGAACUUCUUCCUGGAUGUGAAGGACGUGUUCGACUACGGGACCAUGGAUCACGUCGUCCGGGGAUCUGUGGUCAUGCAGGAUGGAAAGAACCUGUUCCCCGCUCCUCAGCCGAACAACGUGCCCGUUGCAGCUCCUCCGAAACCCAAGUCUAUCCAGGAGCUGAAUGCAGAGAAGGCUGCACAAGUCUCCCCCUUCAAGUCUACACUCACCACUGCCGGCAUGUACACGGGAGGUGUCGCCACCCUGCUGGGUCUGGGUCUGUCGGCUCCAAACGCCGCCUUCACUCAGAUGGUCACUACCUUUGGUCUCGCUGGCAUCGUGGGAUACCACACAGUGUGGGGGGUCACUCCCGCUCUGCACUCGCCGCUCAUGUCUGUCACCAACGCCAUCUCAGGUCUGACGGCUGUGGGUGGUCUGUCCCUGAUGGGAGGCGGCUACACCCCAUCAACUACUGCUGAGACACUGGCUGUGCUCGCUGCCUUCAUCUCCUCGGUCAACAUUGCUGGUGGUUUCCUGGUGACUAAGAAGAUGUUGGACAUGUUCAAGCGCCCCACUGAUCCACCAGAGCAUAACUACCUCUACCUGCUUCCUGGAGGCGUCUUCGUCGGAGGCUACGCUGCUGCUCUGCAUUCUGGUUACAACAUUGAGCAGAUGAUGUACUUGGGCUCAGGUCUGUGCUGUGUCGGUGCCCUGGCCGGCCUGUCCAACCAGAAAACAGCCCGUCUGGGUAACGCUUUGGGUAUGAUGGGUGUUGCCGGGGGGAUCAUUGCCACUCUGGGUGCCCUCAAACCAAAUCCUGAGCUUCUGGCACAGAUGAGCGCCGCCAUGGCUGUAGGUGGCACUGCUGGCCUGACCAUCGCUAAGAAGAUCCAGAUCACCGACCUGCCCCAGCUAGUGGCUGCCUUCCACAGCCUGGUGGGGCUCGCUGCCGUGCUCACCUGCGUGGCCGAAUACAUGAUCGAGUACCCCCACUUCGCCACAGACCCCGCAGCCGACCUCACCAAGAUAAUCGCAUACCUCGGCACCUUCAUCGGUGGUGUCACUUUCAGUGGCUCUCUGGUGGCGUACGGCAAACUGCAAGGUGUGCUGAACAGUUCUCCCUUGAUGCUCCCUGGCCGCCAUGCCCUGAACGCCACUCUCAUGGCAGCUUGUGUCGGUGGGAUGAUUCCCUACAUGAUGGAUCCCAGCUACACCACAGGCAUCACCUGUCUCGGAUCUGUCUCUGCUCUCUCGGCUGUCAUGGGUGUAACCCUGACUGCAGCUAUUGGGGGUGCUGACAUGCCAGUGGUGAUCACUGUCCUGAACAGUUACUCAGGUUGGGCCCUGUGCGCUGAGGGCUUCCUGCUCAAUAACAACCUACUGACCAUCGUCGGCGCUCUCAUCGGUUCGUCUGGAGCCAUUCUCUCAUACAUCAUGUGUGUGGCCAUGAACCGUUCACUGGCCAAUGUGAUCCUGGGAGGCUACGGCACAUCUUCCACCGGUACAGGAAAACCCAUGGAGAUCACAGGCACACACACCGAGGUUAACGUGGAUCAGACUGUUGACAUGAUUAAAGACGCCCAUAACAUAAUCAUCACUCCAGGUUAUGGACUCUGCGCUGCAAAGGCCCAGUACCCCAUCGCUGAGUUGGUGAAGAUGCUCCAAGCGGCCGGCAAGAAAGUCAGGUUUGGUAUUCACCCGGUGGCUGGACGUAUGCCCGGUCAGCUCAACGUGCUGCUGGCUGAAGCCGGUGUCCCAUAUGAUAUGGUUCUGGAAAUGGAGGAGAUUAACGAGGACUUUGCUGAGACUGACCUGGUCCUGGUGAUCGGUGCCAAUGACACCGUCAACUCAGCCGCCCAGGAAGAUCCCAACUCUAUCAUCGCUGGUAUGCCUGUGCUGGAGGUCUGGAAGUCGAAGCAGGUGGUUGUGAUGAAACGCUCCCUGGGUGUGGGAUACGCAGCUGUCGACAACCCCAUCUUCUACAAGCCCAACACUGCAAUGUUGCUAGGCGACGCCAAGAAGACUUGCGAUGCCCUGCAAGCCAAGGUCCGGGAGUCCCAGAGCCAGUAAGGCAACGCCGCUCCAAAAGGAAACCUCCACAAAGAGCACACAUGACGUGAGCAAGGUAUCAGACAAUUAGACAAAAGUAUUUCAGCAUUAAGAGCACCUUUGUCUGACUAUUACUAAAUAGGGGCAAACCCUUCUUAUGAUCUGUAAAUAAAAGAAAAGGUAAAGUUUAUUGUAAAAAAUAUGCAGGUGCAGAAGGAGCUCAGCAAUGCAGAAACUGUCGAUUUUGGAUUAGUGCUCCCACUGUGUUAAAACACAGUGGUUGUUUUUCUUUGUCGCUUCUUUUAUUUCCAGAUAUUAAAGGAAGGGUUCGUCUGUGUAAUCUCAUCAACACUCAAGACACUUAAAUUGAUGUAGAACAACAACAACCAGAACUGUAGAUGCAUUAAGAUGUGUUCACUGUCAAGAUAUUUUUAGGAAAUAGUUGUUAAAAUAAAUUUUUUAGAUGAAUUGGAAUGAAUAAGGAACAGAAGCUGGGAUAUGAAAGUGAAACACUAGAGAAAUGAAAGAGGGAUGAGAGACGUAACAUUUUCCCACAGUGUAAAGUGUUUCCUCCAACUUUUUCUCCUGAGUUUUUUUUUUUCUAUAGUAAAGAAAUUAAUUUUCCCCUUUUUUUUCUUUUUCCAAACACUUAUUUCAGACACGGUGUGUUCUCCUCUCUGUACCUUCUUUCUCUCGACAAAGUAAAAGAAAAAAUCAGAAUAGUGAAACAUUUUUGUACAGUUCUUUCGGUUCAAGUUUUAUACUGUACUGGGAGAUUUUUGUAUUCAAUUGAUCAUCGUAAACUUAGAAAAUGUCUAUGCGAUCACAUUUUAGAAGCCAUAGCCAUUUAUAGAAACAAAAUCAUGCUAUCUGCUUUUUUCUUUUCUUCUUUUCACCUGAUUGUGUCUUGUGGCCUCCAACCAUGCCUCUAGUGAAACUAUCACACAUGGAUCCAAAAGUUAAAACUCCUUUCAAACUUAAUCUAUCGAGCACUUGGCGCAAUAAACAAAACGGAUCUGACCUCUAAGUUUGAGACCGCAGCUGUCCUGUAAUGACUAAUUCUACAGACGGACACUCGUGUAGCUCUCAAGCUCCCAAGAUGAUUCAGUUCUAGCUGUUGGCCUUUGCGGUAAAGAAGGGUUGUUUUGUGAAUGUUGCUAAUUCACUCCAAUGUGCCCUCUUUGUUGCUCUUGAUGGAAAUGAAGGGUCACUGUUUGUAAAGUAGGGCCAGAUGUUGAAAUGACUGUUAAAACAAAAAUGCACCUAUUUAAUUAUAUUCUGUUGCUGCAUUUCCGAAUACAUGAAUUGUGUUGAUUUCUAAACUUAAGUUGUCAUUGCUUCCCCUCUGUCCAACAUUUGCCAUAAACAAAAACGUGUGCCAAACCUCGCCCCUUUUACACCCAAUCUGAAGAUAAAAUCUACGUCAUAAAUCUCCAAGGUUUAUCUGCUGUACAACCACUUGAGUAGUUUAAGAAAGAUCACUGACAAACUGACAUGAGUUAAAACUCUACACCUGUCCUGACUGCUCAACCAAACUAAAGACACCAGAAGGAGUUUAAUUCCUGGCAGAGGUUGAACUGCUGCCAUCCUUUUUCCCUACUUAGCUGAGUUUUUAUGGUCUGACGAAUAAGGAAGAAUUUAUACUGGUACAUGGUUUGAGGAAGAAUAGCCCAUGAGGUGACAUGUCAAAAGUCUGUUGCCUUUGGAAAUGAAUGCAAGUACUGUAAUGAGUUAGUUAUCUUGGGACCUGAUACGUUAACCAUGACAACUAUCCUACCUCUCCAUGAAACGACCAAUAGCUACUCAUAGGACCUUCACCUUUUACUAAAUCUGCCACAGGAUGGACCAGCCAAUCUUCCAUUCACCUACCUUAUGUCUGAAACCUGACCAACCGCCUUCUCUUUUGUGUUCACGUUGCAUUUUUAACCACCAGACCUCAGUUUGCUGUUGUGCUAGUGUAGAGCUGCAGAAGUCAUUAGUGCUCGUGAGGGGUUAUUGCUCUUACAUGUCAAUUAACACACUCAACCGCAGUCUUUAGAGACUAUUAGACUAAGAAUUUGGCUUAAUGUUUGUAGCCUGUCACCAUUUUUGAGUGAUUGAUCAAAGUAGGACAGAUGGAAAAUCUUGAUAAUUUUACCCAAUAUGCCCAAAUAUUUUUUCUUCUUAAGGAGAGUAUUUUUGUAAAGAGGCGUCAUAUUUGUGCAGAGCAACAAUGGGUUUUUGAAGUUGAACAAUGUUUGAGUGCAGCAUGUUAAGGAGAUGAAAUGUACUCUGAAUGUGCCCCCCCCCCCCCCCCCCCCCCCCCUUUGUUUGUCAUGGAACAUUUUCAUCCCUAAUAAACCUGUAUUUACACGA